CCUAAUUCUCCUUACAAUUUCCUAUAAAUUCACCCCUUCCGCCCUGGGUUUCUCCGCAAUUGAAUCUCUCUUCUUUCAUCGACCAAUCUACAGCGAAUUCUUCCAAGAUGCAAAUUUUCGUCAAGACACUCACAGGCAAGACCAUCACCCUUGAGGUGGAGUCUUCCGAUACCAUCGACAACGUUAAGGCCAAGAUCCAGGAUAAGGAAGGUAUCCCUCCGGAUCAGCAACGUUUGAUCUUCGCCGGGAAACAACUUGAGGAUGGCCGAACUCUUGCCGACUACAACAUCCAGAAGGAGUCUACUCUUCACCUGGUGCUUCGGCUCCGUGGUGGCAUGCAAAUCUUCGUCAAGACCCUUACAGGAAAGACAAUCACCCUUGAGGUGGAGUCUUCCGACACCAUCGACAACGUGAAGGCCAAGAUUCAGGACAAGGAGGGAAUCCCUCCGGACCAGCAACGUUUGAUCUUCGCCGGGAAACAACUUGAGGACGGCCGAACUCUUGCCGACUACAACAUCCAGAAGGAAUCAACUCUCCACCUUGUGCUUCGGCUCCGUGGUGGCAUGCAAAUCUUCGUCAAGACCCUUACAGGAAAGACCAUCACCCUCGAGGUGGAGUCUUCCGACACUAUCGAUAACGUUAAGGCCAAGAUCCAGGAUAAGGAAGGUAUUCCUCCAGACCAGCAGAGGUUGAUUUUCGCUGGAAAGCAGUUGGAAGAUGGGCGAACCCUUGCUGACUACAACAUCCAGAAGGAAUCCACUCUUCAUCUUGUCCUCCGUCUCCGUGGUGGAAUGCAGAUUUUUGUCAAAACUCUCACCGGUAAGACCAUCACUCUGGAGGUUGAGUCUUCAGACACCAUCGACAACGUGAAGGCCAAGAUUCAGGACAAGGAAGGUAUCCCCCCAGAUCAGCAGAGGCUGAUCUUCGCUGGGAAACAAUUGGAGGAUGGCCGAACUCUUGCUGACUACAACAUUCAGAAGGAGUCGACUCUCCAUCUUGUCCUGCGUCUACGUGGUGGUAUGCAGAUCUUCGUGAAGACUUUGACUGGGAAGACCAUCACCCUGGAGGUCGAGAGCUCUGAUACCAUUGACAACGUGAAGGCCAAAAUCCAAGACAAGGAGGGCAUCCCCCCAGACCAGCAGAGGUUGAUUUUUGCUGGAAAACAACUCGAGGAUGGAAGGACUCUGGCUGAUUACAACAUCCAGAAGGAGUCAACCCUUCACCUUGUCCUUCGUUUGAGGGGAGGUAUGCAGAUCUUCGUUAAGACCCUCACCGGGAAGACCAUCACUUUGGAGGUGGAGAGCUCCGACACAAUUGACAAUGUGAAGGCGAAAAUCCAGGACAAGGAGGGAAUUCCUCCAGACCAGCAGAGGUUGAUCUUUGCUGGUAAGCAGCUGGAGGAUGGCAGGACACUGGCUGAUUACAACAUCCAGAAGGAGUCUACCCUUCACCUUGUCCUUCGUCUCCGUGGUGGCUUCUAAAUUGUUCUUCUGAAGAUGGAUAAAUCAGCAUGCGGGGUGGGGUGGCCUUGUUGCGGCCAUUUGUUAUUUUCUUCUGUUCUCUACUUCUGGUGUUAUGUUUUUAAAUGCUCCCUGAGGGUUACAGUAUGGGGAGAAUAUUAAUAUAAGAUGUCAUAUUUCAAAUAAAAAUUUCGUUUCUUGUUUAA